AUGCUACCCCCGGACAUCUUCGCCGACCCGCCGCCCAAUGCCUUCCUCCUAGCCAUCGACAGGUGGAGAGAGCGCGGCGAGAUCCCCUACAAGGUCCUCAUGCGCAUCCUGGAGGAGAACUACCAGCGCAAUGUCGGUCCCUUCGUGCCGCAAUUGCGCCAGUACGAGGCAUUCUCGAGUAAGGUGUACGGAGAACUCAUGCCCUCGCUCGUCUACGAGAUGUUGAAGCACACGCGGCUUGACGAGAACUCGCUCUUCCUCGACCUUGGCUGCGGCGUUGGGAACGUCGUCGCUCAGGCGAGCCUGCAGACUGGAUGUCGCAGCUACGGCAUCGAGUGCAUGGAGACGCCGGCGAGGAUUGCGUCGAGGAUGCUGCCCCAGUUUAAGGCCCGGUGCCGCAUGUGGGGCGUCAACGUCGGGGAGAUUGAGCUCGAACACGGCGAUAUGCUCAAGAGCAAGCGCGUGGACGAGCUCAUCCCUCAGGCUGACGUGGUAUUGGUGAACAACAAGGUCUUCGACGACUGGCUGAAUGAGAAUCUUCGCCCCAAGUUCCUAGAUCUCAAAGAGGGCGCCAUCGUUAUCUCGCUUAGGCCAUUUGUGUCGUCUCUCAACGCCCGCGUUACCGAGCGUAAUGUCGACGACAUCAGCACGAUCUUCGACGUGACUGAGCGCACCUUUGCGUCAGGGAGCGUCUCCUGGGCGGACACAGGUGGGAGCUACUACGUCCACCGGGUCGACCGCGCAGGUUACAGUGAGAUCCGUAAACGCUUCGAAAGCUCGCGCGGCACCCGCUCCACACGGCGGACCCGAUGA